AUGCAUCUUAUAGAGCAAAGCAGAGUUAAUCAAACAUCAAUCUCAGAAUUUCUCCUUCUGGAAUUCUCUGAGGUUCGGGAACUACAGAUUCUACACUUCCUUCUGUUCCUAGUAUUCUACUUGGCAACUGUCACAGGGAAUCUUCUCAUCAUCUCUGCAGUAGCCUUUGACCACCACCUGCACACCCCCAUGUACUUCUUCCUGAUGAACUUGGCCAUGCAGGACCUGGGACAAGUUUCAGUCAUCAUCCCUAAAUUCAUGUCCAAUUCCCUCAUGAACACCAGGCAGAUUUCCUAUUCUGGGUGUGUUGCUCAGGUCCUCUUCUUUCUCUUUUUCUUAGCAUCUGAUUUCUCCCUUCUCACAGUCAUGGCAUAUGAUAGGUACAUUGCCAUCUGCAACCCACUGCAAUAUGAAGUGUUGAUGAAUAAGCAGGCCUGCAUCCAAAUGGUUACUAGUGUGUGGAUCGUCAGCUUUUUCUAUGGAGUGUUACACACGGGAGGCACCUUUGCACCCACCUUUUGCUCCAAUAUUGUUAAUCAGUUUUUCUGUGAAAUCCCACAGUUACUUAAACUGACCUGCUCUGAUUUGUACCUACUUGAAAUUGGAAUUGUUGUGGUAAGUGCUGUCAUUGGGUUAGGUUGUUUUAUCUUCAUCAUCAUCACCUAUGUGCACAUCUUCUCUGCAGUGUUGAAAAUCCCUUCUAUUGAAGGGAGGCAAAAGGCUUUCUCAACAUGCCUUCCACACCUCAUUGUUUUCUCCAUAUUUGUGUUCACUGGCUGUUUUGCUUAUCUCAAGCCAACCUCUAAUACCCCCUCACAUCUGGACUUGGCACUUACCAUUAUAUAUUCCAUGUUUCCGCCACUGAUGAAUCCAGUAAUCUACAGCAUGAGAAACAAGGAGAUAAAACAUUCCCUGUUAAAACUAUUGGGUUUGAGACACUCUAAGAACUCAUUCUUUAGUUUUCUUGUGUAA